AUGUUUCGCGCAAAGAUUCUCGCGUUAAUUUGCGUGUUUUUGGUGUUGAUUGUGAAACUAAGCGAGGGGCACGAUCAUCAUGGGCAUAGUCACGACGAAAAACCGUCUUUUAAGUAUUCUAAAGCCGCUAAUGAGAAAGUAGAAGAACAUCAUCAUGAACCGGCGACUAAAAAGAGUAAUAAAAUGUUGGAUACACAAGAGUUGUGGAUAAAUGCUAUGGGUUCAACUCUUUUGAUCAGCGCUGCGCCGUUUUUUAUUUUGUUUUUUGUACCAUUGAAAAAUACAGAGCAGGAUCAGCCACUGUUGAAAGUUUUAUUGGCGUUUGCCUCAGGUGGUUUAUUGGGGGAUGCUUUUUUGCAUUUGAUACCACAUGCCACAAUGGCAGUGGGUAGUGAGCAUUCACAUUCUCAUUCCCAUGCUCACAGUCACUCAGAAGAACCGGAAGGACAUGUACACGAUAUGUCUGUUGGUUUAUGGGUGUUAACAGGAAUUGUAGCUUUCCUGAUAGUGGAAAAAGGUGUGAGAAUCAUCAAAGCAGGACAUGGUCAUAGUCACAAGAAAAAAGAUGAUAAGAAGUCCACCAAAAAGUCUGAAAACACCAAAGAAGAACCAAAAGAGAUUAAGGUAGCCGGAUAUCUCAACUUGGCUGCAGAUUUCACUCACAACUUCACUGAUGGCUUGGCCAUAGGGUCAUCCUACUUAGCUGGCAAUACAAUUGGUAUUGUGACCACAAUAACAAUAUUACUUCAUGAAGUACCGCACGAAAUAGGCGAUUUUGCUAUACUUCUUCAGUCAGGUGUGUCGCGUAAAAACGCAAUGCUACUACAACUCACAACAGCCAUUGGGGCUUUAGCCGGUACAGCUAUAUCUUUACUAGUGAAUAAUACAGAUACUGCUAUGGCAGCAGCAUGGAUUCUGCCCUUCACCGCGGGUGGUUUUAUUUACAUUGCCCUUGUUUCAGUCAUUCCAGAAUUGUUGGACGAAGAAAAACCCAGCAUAAUUCAAACUAUCCUGCAAAUACUGGCAAUGUCAGCUGGGGUUGGUAUGAUGGUUAUUAUAGCAGAAUUUGAGUAA